CUUUUGAAGUUUUCUCGGACUACCCUAGGUAUUGUGCUCUGAUAAAUUCAAUUUAAAUUAGAAAUCAAUGGUUUUGUAAUUGUGCGGCGAGUUUCUGCGACCACAUUCGCAGACUACAGCCGAGCGAGGCCCGGACACGACCGGUGCGGAUGAAGUGGAUCAACGGAGCGCGACGAAAAGUAAUUUGUACAAAAAACUAAAUUCAGCUCAUUGCGAACGGCGUGCUGUCCGUGAUGUUUUGUCUGACCGCACAAUAUAUCGGCGGUCAUUGUUGCUAGUCGUUUUUUUAACGAUCGGUCUUCUAAUGCGCCGGUAAUGUACGCGUUCUUACUUCGUCAGUCUUCGAAAACUUGCACAAAUUGGACUGUAAAGUUUUUAGACGUUGUUUUUAUGUACCUAGUGUCGGAAUAGUGGAAGGAAAAGUGGAUUCCUUGCAGGACAUGGGGGUGUUCAAGUGGUUGCGCCGGGAACGAGUGACGGUGACCACUCGUCAAGAUAUCGACCCCGCGCCCACAUCCAUGCUAGAGAUGCAAAUCUCCCACAGCACCACAAAAGUAGGCACCAUCAGGACUGAAGAGUACAAACGUGACCUAGCAGAGUUCCAAGCCAGGCGAUCGACAGGCAACAAGGAGUUGGAUGUGACCCCAGUGAAGAAGAAAUGUGGUAGACACUCCCUGCCGAUCUCAUGCACAGAUUGCGCAGCGUCACAUGAUAACACGUUCAACUACGAAAAGAAAUCCGCUGUGAAAUACAAGAAGAAACAUCACAAACGUGUGCGGAGCGCGACCUCGGACGACAGGGUCGACGGACUCCCAAACAUUCAGUUCCUAUUUCAAAACCAAGUAUUCAUGCCGGGAAAUAUAUUCGAAUCGGGUUCGUAUUCGGAACCGCAGAAAUCGAAACGCAGGCAUAAAGUUUUCAGAUCGCCUGAGUCAGACUUCCUUCAGAAACACAUUGAUUUCAAAGAGGAAGACGAGGAAGGGGAGCCGCCUGAGUUUUUCAGGAACAAUUCUUUGCCGUAUGAUGUUAAGACCUUUCUCAGUCCGAAAACUGACGAUGACGUUGACGGUUUAAGGGCAGCCGGUGAUCUCAAAGUUUCUAGUCAUAGUUCUUCCGAAGGGAAGGACGAAGGUUGUGAAGACAAGCUGUGGGAAGUGAUGAGCGAAUUGAAGAAUUUCGACCAAUGGGCGGACGAGCAGUUGCAGACAAGGACGCCAAAUAAAACUGUCUCGGAUGACAGCAAAAGUGACACAAGCGCGUACGAGCUGCCGAUAGCCAGUUCCAGUAACCUGGACGUGGCCACCGACAAGGACAAGGUUUGGAGUCUCGGCAAGUGGGGCGUAGUGCCCGUGCAGAUCAAGAGGCUGCCCGGGGUCACCAUCGAUCACGUCAGGAAGAAACGGAACGUUGAGAUCAAUAUCUUAAGGAAAUGCCGCCACCCGAACAUUAUCCUGCUGAUGGGUCUGUACCCGGACAUUCGGGACAAUGUCCAGCUAAUCUGCGAAAGGUGUGUCGACUCCUUGUACGGGCUACUACAUAUCCAGGGUCGCGUGUUAAGCGCUCAGACUUCCGUCCAAUACGCCCUAGACAUCGCCAACGCGCUAGUCUUCCUCCGAAUGCAAGGCUACGUUCACACGGGCCUGAACAGCGUCAGUAUUAUGCUGAGUUACCACGGCGCCGCCAAGCUGGCCGACCUGGGCCCGUGCGCCAAACUCGCCAAGCCCAAGGAGCGGCCGGAGAAAAGUCUAGACUUGUACAGUCCUGAGCCACAAUAUGUUAACAUUGAAGACACACGUGAAACCAACGCCGCUGAUUGCGAACCAUUGCUAUCAAACCGUUCAUCGGAAACCUACCUCCAAACCAACGCAGUCAGCAAGCCGUACACAGCGUACCAGACCGCCGAACACUACCGAUGGCAAGCACCCGAGCUGUUCGUCCCUGAUGAGGAUGGGUCGGUGCAUCCGUGCGCCAAGUCUGAUGUGUACUCUCUCUGUUUGAUUCUGUGGGAGUGUUGUAAUGCUUCGAUCCCAUGGAACUCUCUGUCCUACGAGAAACUAAAGGAGUUAUACACGCUAUGGAAGACUGGCAUUCGGCUGCCGCAAGAUGGGACUUACCCCGGCAGCCUGCUGGCGCUGCUGCAGCGCGGACUGACGCUGAUGAGAGACGACAGGAUGGAUCUAGCUUCGCUUCAGGAUACUUUGCAGAUCGUCAAGGAUAACCUAGAAGAUAUCGAAUACAUAAUAAUCCCGGCUAGGCUGUCCAAAAAGAAGUCUGCGUUCAGCUCAGUGGGGUGGGACACGACGUCCCCCGCGGACUCCGACGUCCUCAGCCCCCGCGACGUCAUCCACCAUGCCGUGGUCCACCGCGAGGGGGACAGCAACACCAGCACAGACAACGUCUCUCCCAGCGACGCCAGCCCCGUCUACCACUCAAUACGAAAAUCCAAAACCGAAGUCUACGCCAUACCAGAAAAAUGCUUUAUAUCCGACGAAGAGCAAGAACGGCCUAUAUUAAAAUACGAACAUUUACCAGAAAAUGAUUUCUCGAGCGCCUGUUCGACACCAAUAGCAAAGAUACGAGCGCGAAUCACUAAUAUCGGAACGCCAGGCGCUUUACAUAGAAGCGAUUCGACCGAAUACUGCAGUAUUUUAAGCCCGAAUCGUACUAAUCAUUUCCUUGUGGAUGACAGUUUAAAAAAACAUAUUAACGAGAGGUCUACGGUGAAAUUGAGCCGUAGUUUCACACCGCAGUCUUACAAACCACUCCAUAUCAAAGUACCAGAGUUCAAUUUGGAUUGUGUUAAAACAUUGAUGAAGGAUCAGAAUGAAAGCGACAGGUCGUCAUAUAAUUUUGAUAUAAAUAAUUAUAGUUUGCCGACGACUCCCAUAGCCAGGAGUAAUAAGUUGAGGAAAAAUGCUUGGUUGUCUGGCGAGUUGAGUGCGACGGAACGGAGUACUGACAAACUGAAGGAUUGUGGGAAGUCUAACAAUGAAGAAUUUAACAACAAUCGGUCGUCGCCAGAUGCCUCGUUUUCGUCCAACAAAAAUUGCUCUAUAGAUGGUCGAAAUCUCUCACAAAAUUCAGAAGCCCUACAGCAUCAAGACGAGUGCAACUCUAAAUACUACUCCCCAGAAUGUAAGGGCGCGCCACAGAGCCAUAAAAGCUGCUCGACAGAAAAUCUUAAUGCGAUAUUUGAUAGUGUUAAAACAUAUGCAGAAUCUAUGGAUAAGGCUAAUCAAAAACCAUGUUCGCCUGAAAGUGUGGACAGGCAGGACAGCUUCGCGGAUUUCAAAAGGCCAUCGCGAGGCGAGCGCGCGGCGCCGACGGGGCUCAGCGUGCGGCCGCUGGUGGCCAUACACGAGAAGUGGAUCUACGAGGCCAACAGGAAGACUGGCCGGUCCAUGGCGCUGCCUGACGAUCAGAAGAGCCACCUGUCGGCGGUGAAGCCAGCGUCGCACCGCGUGGACACGCUGCAGCAGUCGCUGCCGCAGCUCCCCGCCAAGCGCUCGCCGAAGCCCUUCCGCGCUAAGAAUGGAGGUCAAUGGGACCAGUUCUGUCAGAAUCGUGAAGCAAUCGCAAGGAGUAUGAAUUUUGCUGCGCGCGAACCUGAACGACCACGCAUGAAGAAUCUAGACAAGUGCACAUCUGCUGAAGAAGUGACCAAAACAAAGAUAGACCAAGCCACCGACACGCGAAGCAUUGAAGAGUUCAUCAAAGAGCUUAUCCGGAAGGAAUUCCAACAUUUGAUGCACGAAACAUCAGACCACACGUACAAAUCUGAAGAAAUCAACAACGGAAUUUCUAACAUCGUGGACAGUUUGAAUGGUGAUGAAGAAACGGUGAAGAAAGAAUCGGUGAAGUCGUUUUCAAGGGUGAAAAUCAAUGGGAAUAAUAAGCCGUUGCUUCAGAUUACAUUUAGCCGCUCUGGAGAGAAUAAUCUACAGGUGCUGGACACCCGUGUGAACGUGACGCUCAGCGAGGGCAGUCCGGGCGCCGACGACGGCCCCGCCCUCAAGCGCUGCCAGGCUUUCAACGCUAUACAGGAAGCUAGAAGCACGGAGGACCUGUACAUCGACGACGAUCUGUCGACGCAGCUGCAGGAGAACUUCGGCGGGAAGGUGAAGCUGAUCCCGCUGCACGGGUCGCUGCACGAGAUCCUGUGCGAGCGAGAGGACGACUGCUGUCUCGUCAAGGUGAAGCAAGAGAACGGUUGCGACACGAUCUACUUCCGCUGCGACAACUCGGACGCGGAGCCCCGCGGCGCGGACGCCGUGGACGCGGGCGCGGUGCUGCUGUCGCUGUGCGCCGCCAGGAGGCCCCGCGCCGGGAACACACGGCCCAAGUCAGAAAUAUUCGCGUCUUUCAAUAAAAUAAAUAAAGAAACCCGCGCGUUGAGCAGCAGCAGUCCCUCUCUAGUGAACCACGACAAAAACGACGAGGUCGAGGUCAAUAUAGAGAAUGCUGUGUGCUAUCAGGAUUCCUCGUCGGAGGAAUGCAUCAAGUGCCAAGUGGAGAACGACGAUUUUGAACUGUUGGAGAAGAAAAUCGAGGAAGAUUUAGCCAAUAGCACGCUGUCGUCGAUGACCUGCGGCUGCUUGGAGAAGAUCUCCGAGGAAAACCUGUCGGUUAUCAACGAGGACGCGCCUGAGAAGAAUGAUCGCUGAUCAGGCUAAGUGCUUUUGAAAACAUGUAAUUUGAUGUUGAUUUUAAACAAAACAAGCGAAUGCUCAUUCUGUCCCCAAUGUUACAAUCCAUCAAGAACAGGCCACAGGUCAGCCAUUAAUUGUGCAGCUAAAAUGGAGAUAGAACGAGCAUUCGUUUGGUGUAAAUGCACCUUAAAACACCGCAAAAAUAUGCUAAAAAGAACUUCCCAUAUCGGUUCGAUAAGACACGCAUUGACUUGAUUUUCAUAACUCCCAUUAAAUGUAUCAAAAGUUAACAAAAUACAGUUAUUUUCAAUGCAGGUAAAUUGAUAAAUUAAAUAUAGGAAAUCAUUGAGAAUCAUGUAGAGCGACGAUGAUUUUAUUAACAAAUUUUUUUAGCUGAUUUACCAUCAGGUUGAUAUUUAUUAAGGCUGAUUAACGUUUGUGGCUACAACAUACCGACAAUAGCACAACUUGAUUUUCUUGUAUUUUUAACAAUUAGCAUCGAUUGCUAAUGAGUAAUUGCAUGACAAUCUGAUAAGUACAAAGCUUACGUGAAUAAUCAUGUUGAUUUUAGACUAUAUUCCAUCCUUUUAAAUUAUUAUUAUUAUAGCCAAAGAAUACAUUUUCAAUUAUACAUCGUUUUAACAGUUAUAACAUUACGAAUGUUAAUUCCACAUUUUAAUUGUAAAGUUAUUUAGCAAUGUAUUGAAAAUUCGCGCAGGGCGCCUGAAUAUACAUUUUGCUAUUAACUCAGCACACACAUCUUGCCAUAGAUCCGUCCAACUCGCAUUUAAACCCAAAGAUUGUUAUACAUGUUUCUUUGUCUAUAUUUCUUAGAUGUAUACUAUGCAAAGGCUAUGUGAUUACUAGUAUAGGUGGCACGUACAUUCCACUGUUGUGAUUUUUAGGAUAGUGUUCACCUUUAGAAGGUACUCGUAUUGUAAUACUCGCACCAUUUUAUAUUAUAUUUAGCUUCGUUGAUUUUAAUAUUCUACAAAUUUUAGCGAUAUAUUUAGAAGCCAAAGGUUUUGAAUCGCCUUAUGUUGGUAUACCCUAUUUUACUAUUAUUUUCUCUUGUGUAAGUUUUUAAAACUAUAUCAGGUUAUUUCUAGUUUCGAUUUUUAACAAUAAUUUAUUAUUAGAUGUGUAGUUGAUAUUAGAUUUAUCGUUGAAUAAAACUUUGUACUUAUAUAAA